GAGUGAUUUCCAUUUACCGCCUGGGAGACCUUUCUGUCCCCACCCCCAGCUGUUGGAGCUCGAGGGGAGCAAUAACAAACCUGCGGAGGGGGGAGAUUUUCUUUAUUUUUAUUUUGAUAUUUCGCCCCGCCUGGGAACGGUGAUGUGUUUCUUCUGCAUGAUGUUAACUGAAAGAUGCUCUGCAUUUUCUUGAUUUCUAUGGAGACCUCAGAGCUGGUUUUGCCUCUGCUGACACCUCAUUUUGCACCUUCUCUACCUCCCAAGGUCUUUUCCUCUCUCUAUAGCUCGGCAUUGUCCCUGGGUCCAGAGAACCCUUAAAGACCCAAAGGGAAGAGCCUAGAGAAUCAUUCUAACAGAUUUUUUGGAGCAGUGAUGGCUGGACAUACUUUAAACCACAUCGUAACAUGGGUCAAGCUGACUCUAGAAAACAAGUGCUAAAACCAAAGUCUUAUUUGCAUUUUAUUUAAAUUUGACGGACUGAGAUUUGGACAGUAUCCAUGGAAGAAAAAUGUAUUUCAUUUCAUAGGCACCGUUGCUGGCUGUUAGAUGCUUACUGCCUAAGAUUCUUGCAACAGCGAGUCACCACUACAUCCCAGACACAUUUCUGAAUUUGAACAUCCACCCUAAAACAUAGGUGUUUUGGAGACCAUGUCAUUUAUGACUUGGGCUUGAGUGUGCUAGGCUGUUUAUCUGGACCAGCAAAGCUCUGGAGAGCAAUGUUGAAUCCCUGAGAAGACAGAGCAUGGAUUGUGCUGAUUUAAAAACAGAAAAUGCAAAGUUGGACUGAAAAUAUCCUUAGUCUUCCAAGCAAUCUGCUUAAGGGUUCCAAACUUACCUUCAUUUGGUGAAGAAAGAAGCUGCCCUAUUUUUCUUUCUUCUUCUACAACUGAAACCAGCCAUUUCCAAAAGCCGCAGCCAUGGAGGUCGCAAUGGUGAGUGCCGAGAGCUCAGGGUGCAACAGUCACAUGCCUUAUGGUUAUGCAGCCCAGGCCAGGGCCCGGGAGCGAGAGAGGCUUGCUCACUCACGGGCGGCUGCAGCUGCUGCUGUGGCAGCGGCCACAGCUGCUGUGGAAGGCAGUGCGGGUUCUGGUGGGAGCUCCCACCACCACCACCACCAGUCACGUGGGGCCUGCAGCUCCCACGAUCCUCAGAGCGGCCGUGGUAGUCGGAGAAGGAGGCGCCAACGGCCUGAGAAAAAGAAAGUCCACCAUCGGCCAAGCACCUUUUCUCAUUGUGCUGACCUGAUGCCCAGUGGAUCAGAAGAGAAGAUCCUGAAGGAGCUGAGUGAAGAAGAGGAAGAUGAGGAGGAGGAGGAAGAGGAAGAAGAGGAGGGAAGGUUUUACUACAGUGAAGAUGACCACGGAGAUGGAUGCUCCUACACGGACUUGCUGCCUCAGGACGAUGGGGGAGGUGGUGGCUACAGUUCAGUCCGCUACAGUGACUGCUGUGAACGUGUGGUAAUCAAUGUGUCAGGCCUGCGCUUCGAGACCCAGAUGAAAACUCUGGCCCAGUUUCCAGAAACUUUGUUAGGGGACCCUGAGAAGAGAACUCAGUAUUUUGACCCUUUGCGCAACGAGUAUUUUUUUGACAGGAACCGGCCCAGUUUUGAUGCCAUCCUGUAUUAUUACCAGUCCGGAGGUCGCCUGAAGAGGCCAGUCAAUGUCCCCUUUGAUAUCUUCACGGAGGAGGUCAAGUUCUACCAGCUGGGAGAGGAGGCCUUGCUCAAGUUUCGAGAGGAUGAGGGCUUUGUGAGAGAGGAGGAGGACAGGGCGCUGCCAGAGAAUGAAUUUAAAAAGCAGAUCUGGCUUCUCUUUGAGUAUCCUGAGAGCUCCAGUCCUGCGAGGGGCAUAGCCAUCGUGUCUGUCCUGGUCAUCUUAAUCUCCAUCGUCAUCUUCUGCCUGGAGACCUUGCCUGAGUUCAGGGACGACAGAGACCUCGUCAUGGCACUGAGUGCUGGUGGGGUUGGGCACGGUAGACUAUCCAAUGAUACCUUGGUACCCCAUCUGGAGAACUCGGGGCACACAAUUUUCAAUGACCCGUUCUUCAUAGUGGAGACAGUCUGCAUCGUGUGGUUUUCCUUUGAAUUUGUGGUCCGCUGCUUUGCCUGUCCUAGCCAAGCUCUAUUCUUCAAAAACAUCAUGAACAUCAUUGAUAUUGUGUCCAUCUUGCCUUACUUCAUCACUCUGGGCACGGACCUGGCCCAGCAACAGGGAGGUGGCAAUGGGCAGCAGCAACAGGCCAUGUCCUUUGCCAUCCUCAGGAUCAUUCGUCUGGUCCGAGUGUUCCGGAUCUUCAAGCUCUCCCGGCACUCCAAGGGCCUGCAGAUCCUGGGCCACACCCUCAGAGCCAGCAUGCGGGAGCUGGGCCUGCUGAUCUUCUUCCUCUUCAUUGGGGUCAUCCUCUUUUCCAGUGCUGUGUAUUUUGCAGAAGCGGAUGAACCUACUACCCACUUCCAAAGCAUUCCAGAUGCAUUUUGGUGGGCUGUGGUCACCAUGACAACUGUGGGCUAUGGGGACAUGAAGCCCAUCACUGUGGGGGGGAAAAUUGUGGGGUCCCUGUGUGCCAUUGCAGGUGUCUUAACCAUUGCUUUGCCAGUGCCAGUGAUUGUCUCUAACUUUAACUAUUUCUACCACAGAGAAACUGAAAAUGAGGAACAGACACAGUUGACCCAGAAUGCAGUCAGUUGCCCAUACCUCCCUUCCAAUUUGCUCAAGAAAUUUCGGAGCUCUACUUCUUCUUCCCUGGGGGACAAGUCAGAGUAUCUAGAAAUGGAAGAAGGAGUUAAGGAAUCUCUGUGUGCAAAGGAGAAGUGUCAGGGGAAGGGGGAUGACAGUGAGACAGAGAAAAACAACUGUUCCAAUGUAAAAGCUGUGGAGACUGAUGUGUGAAUGGCUUUCUCCACCUGCCAUUGUCCCCCAACCCCACCCUGCAGCAUCUCCAAAUAUAUUUGUGUGUAGAGAGUACAGUUACAAAAAUGAAAUAUGCAAUUGAGUCCAGUGCAUACAGUAGUACGCCAUUUAACGGUUAUAUAUGGCAUAUUUGUUGCUAAACUUGUAUUACAUAUCAAAUAAAUGAUACAUCUUGGAGAAGAGGAAGGCUUACAUAGGAGCAAACCUAUCUUUAUAUUUUUUAUUAGAAUGCAAGAAUUUUGCACAUAAACUGGAAAAUGUUUAAAGAGUUUUAUGGAGAAUGUGCGUUUAUGAGUGUGUUGAUGUAUGCCUAUGUGUGCCUGGGAAGCUGUGUGUGUAAGUAAAUUGACAGUGUUAUUAGUAAUUGUGCAAUGAUGGGAAAAGUUGGCAUUUGAAGUAUUUACUAUUUAAGAACUAAUGAAUUUGAGCAGUGCUUUAUCAGUGCUUUAAUAACAUCUCAUAUGUCUUUGGAUUCUGUAGUUGUGUUUUUUUUAAAAAAAAUUGUAAUUAUUACUGUGUAGAAGAAAAGAAAGUAAAUUAUUUAAUAGAAUAUAGGUCACACUUUUAUCAUGGAUUUAAUUAAAGUUUAUUUUUAACUGGAAAUUAACUUUUAAAAAGGCUACAGGGGCCUUUAGAAAUUGACUAUAUUUUGUUAUUAAUUUUGAAAAUUUAUGACAGAAAUGCUGAACAUGAAGGGGAAAUGAAAUUGGAGAAGAUAUACCAAGUUUUGCUCACAGUCAAAAACCUUUUUUUUUUCUUUUCCUUUGCACUACUUUAUAUGCUGGAGAUGGAGGGAGACUUCAUACUGUGAAUGUUUACUGAUGUAACAGGUCAAUGACAAUCAUCAGAAGAAUGAUUUCUUAGUUCUAUUUUAUUGUUCUUUUCUUUGUGUGAAACUAAUGACCAUUCAGAUUACAACACAUGGUUUCUUCCUCUUUUAAAAUCUAACUAAGUGGUCUACAAAGGAACUAUGAAGUAAAAUUUAGCAAUGGAUUCUUUUUGGAGUUGGUCUGUGACAAUGACACUUCUGAAACCAUACUAUUUUAAAUAUUCUUCUGCCUUUGAAAUCCAGAAUAAUUUAACCAAAGCUAAUGCAUGCAUUAAAAGAAUUCUUCAAGAAGAUGCUUAGCAGUGAUUAUGGCUUAAGAUCUUCCUAUUAAAUGUGCAACAUAAAUGCUAGAUUUAUUAAGUUGAUUUCUUCUUUUGUGCAGUCACAUAAUAGUAGAUUUGGGGAUUCAGCUCACAUCUUAGCAUUCCAUUGGCUAAAAUGAGUAAAAGGAAGAAUUAUGUCAAAAUAUUUGGUCUCAACAUUCUAUCACUAUUACCUUUAUUUAAGAAUUUUAUGACAUAUGUCACUGUAUUUAACUCAAAAAAAGGGCAUUCAGUAAUUAGUGCUUGACCUUGUGCUAAGUCAUAAUGAGGUAUUCAUUGAGAAACAGAAUACAUGAGACCUUGCCCUUCAAUGUUUCUUAACUUGCACUCUUUGUGAAAUGGUCUCAAGGUUUAGGAAAGAAAAUACUACAUUGACUAACUUGAUACAUAAUGAAUUUUGACAGCUGUGAACUUCAAAAAAAAAGUAUGUAGCCCCGUAAUAGCUAUUCUUGUUUUUUUUUUAGACCCAGGCCAUCAUUUGAUAAUUACAUAAACCCUGUCUCAUUCGAUGGUGUUUGAAUUAAAAAUAAGUCCAGUAUAAGGGCUAAGAGUAA